GUCUGCUGGUUCUCCUGCGGUGGAGGUGGAAUUGGAUCAGUUGUGGCUCUUUUGAAUCUUGUUGAUUGGAGUUCGGAGCUGGAGUUUUGAGCCCGCCCUAAGUAAAGUGCUUCUUGCAUGCUUCUUGUGUUGUUAUUUGAUUUGAUUGGCUGGUUAGUUCAUUUUACCCUUAUAGAUUGUUGAUCGCGAAGGUUCAGAGAAGUUUGUUCCUCCUUUCGUAUGAAGAGGUUUGGGGUGUGAGAUAACGGUAGUCGAUUUUAGUUCUUUAACUAAUGUCCGUAGAAAGAUCUUUCGAAGCGUGGGAGGAGGUGCAAAGGCAUGGUCAGGAUUUGGCGGACCGUCUUGCUCAGGGUUUCACAGGACUGAUUCAUUCUCACAUAGCGCCGCCCUCUUUUCCCUGGCCUAAUCCCCCCAAGUCCAAGCUCUUUGAUCUUGAAUUUCCAGGGCAAAGUUUUGGUAUCAAGGAUUAUGGAUUGACUGCCCAUAAUGCAGGAAUUAAUGGGGUCUCAUCGAUUUUUGAUAUUGGCAAUAGGAUUGGACAAGCUGGCGCUGAUUUUGGCGCUUGUUUGAAUGGUAUGGUACAACAAUUUUUUAGACAGCUCCCAGUGCCAUUUGGGCAAGAGGAGAAUAUGAUAGCAUCGGUUAGGAUGGAUCUGGAUAAGAGUUGGCAGAGGGAUGAUGUGGGAGUCGCUGUUCAAGGGAAGCUCGGAACAUUAACAGACUGCUUGCAUAAUUCGGAGACGGCUGACAAGGAUGCUGUUUCAGAUGGGGUGGUUGAUGAUGAAGUUUCUGGCUUUGAUUUGAGGGCUAUAGGACACCUGGGUAGGGCACAGGGCACGGUCAAUAUUUCUUCAACAUAUGAUAGUAGAUCACUUGAUGUGGACAGUUCAAUCGUUGCUAGAGGAGAUUUAUGGAGAGUAGAGGCUUCACAUGGCAGAACCACAGCUGGAAAUGAUAAGUCAUCUUUGUUUCUGCUGCAGCUUGGGCCAGUACUGUUUGUUCGUGACUCGACACUUCUUUUGCCCGUUCAUAUAUCAAAGCAACACUUGCUUUGGUACGGUUAUGAUAGGAAGAAUGGAAUGCAUUCUCUAUGUCCAGCAGUCUGGUCAAAGCAUAGAAGGUGGCUGUUUAUGUCAAUGCUUUGUCUCAAUCCCCCAGCUUGUUCCUUUGUUGAUUUACAGUUCCCCAACGGGCAGUUGACUUAUGUGUCGGGUGAAGGUUUAACUACAACUGCAUUUUUGCCCUUUUGUGGAGGCCUCCUUCAAGCUCAAGGUCAAUAUCCAGGAGAAAUGAGAUUCAGCUUCUCUUGCAAGAAUAAGUGGGGAACCCGAAUAACACCAAUAGUGCAAAUGCCUGACAAAUCAUUUACUUUGGACCUUGCUCAAUCAUUGGCUUGGAAGAGAUCAGGUCUUCUGGUGAAACCAACUAUCCAAUGCAGUUUGAGUCGUACUUUUGGUGGAAGCAAUCCUGGGUUUCGUGCUGAAAUUGUUCAUUCAGUGAAGAAACUUCUCAAUCUCAUGUGCGGCUGUUCUUUCAUUGCCCACCCUUCUGCCUUUGCUUCAAUUUCUAUCGGCAGGUCGAAAUGGAACGGAAACGUUGGGAAUUCAGGGAUAGUCGUAAGAGUCGACGCUCCACUCUCGAAUAUCCGUCGAACUUCCUUCUCUGUUCAGAUAAAUACUGGGAUCGAGUGUUGAUCUUAUAAAACAUGCGUUUUUGGUAGUUGUAAGUGUAUAUAUCUAUAUAUAUAUAUAUAGUCUCAAAACUGUUCUUAGUUACUUGCCCGAUGUAUCAACUUUAAGGCCAUCGUCUGUAAAUUAAGGUCCUUUUCUGGUUUCUUCUCUACUUCUAAACCAGCUUCUGCUUCAACUCCUUUGGAAAUUGUUCAAAAAGUUGAGAGUUUGGUAGAUGUCGAGCAUAUACAGGGUCGAUACCGAUGUAUUUAUGCUCAUCGAACUAUA